AUGGAGCUACUGCCCGCCAGCCUUCCAGAGCAGCGCCCGCGCAGCUUCGGCGGCGAGGACUUUCCCCUGGUGCUCUCGCCAAGCCGCCAAAGCAGCGCCCGAGAGCUCUCUGCCUGGGCCGCCUCGCGCUCCGGGCAGCUCCAAGACCUUUUGCUCCAGCAUGGGGCGGUGCUUUUCCGGGACUGUGGCAUCACCAGUGCGGAAGACUUCGGUCUGGUGGUGCGGGCAAUGGGCUGUGAAGGCUACGACUACGUUGGUGGUGCGGCACCUCGUACAGAGGUCGUGAAAGGCGUAGUCUUCACAUCCAACGAGUCCCCGCCGGACCAACCGAUCCCCUUCCACCACGAGCUGGCGCAAUCGCCGACACCACCCAACUACAUACUUUUUUGCUGCGAAGUUGAGUCCAAGCAUGGAGGGGCGACCCCCAUCAUCCCUUCGGAUGAGGUGGCCGACUUCUUCAUGAGCCACUUCCCCGACUUUGCUCGGGAGGUAGAAGCCAAAGGGGUGCGCUACAUUCGCACCAUGCCAGAGGUGACAGACCCCACAUCCGCCCAGGGGCGCUCCUGGGCGGAGUCCUACGCGGUCAAAACGCGAGAAGAGGCUGAGGAGGUGAUGACCAAGCAAGGCUCCACGUGGGAAUGGCUGUCGGGGGGCGACCUGAAAGUAACGACGGCGGCCCUGCCAGCCCUGCGCAUGGACGAACGAACGGGCCGCCGGGUCUUCUUCAACUCCGUCAUCGCCGCCUUCACCGGUUGGAACGACUCCAGGAAUGUGGGCGAGGAGGCCGUCGUGCUUGGCGACUUCAGCCCGGUGAACAAACAUGCGCUCAGGGCAGUCGCACGCUUUAUGGCCGAGAGAGAGGUGGCCUUCGCCUGGAAGAAGGGUGACAUUCUCAUCGUUGACAACGGCAGUGUCCUCCACUCCCGGCAAAGCUUCGAGCCUCCACGCCGAGUCCUUGCGGCGCUGCGGGGCAAGCCGCUGCGGGGCCCCGCCCUCCGAGCAGGUAUCAUUGGCACUGGGGCCAUGGGCAAGGAGCACAUUCGCAACGUGGCAUUGAUGGGUGAGCAGAUGGUCGUGACAGCGAUCGCGGAUUCGAGCGAGGCGGCCCUGCGCGAGGCUCUUGAGGAGCUCGGUGGCGAGCGCGCUCCACGCGUCGCCGUCUUCCAAUCCGAUGAGGAGCUGAUAAACUGCGACUUCGUGGAUGUGCUCAUCAUUUGCACGCCAAAUUUCCAGCACAUCCACACGCUUCGAAAGGCGAUUAUGUCAGGCAAGCACAUCCUUUGUGAGAAGCCGUUAUGCACGACCGUUGAGGACUGCGAAGAGGUGGAGCGGCUCCUCACGGAGCGCGUCGUGCGCUCCGGAUCUGAGAAAGCGCCGGUCUUCAUGACCGGCAUGGAGUAUCGAUACAUGCCACCCAUUCGUCGUCUGAUUGAGGAGUCGGACUCACGGAAGCUGGGCGAGCCCAGGGUUCUAUCAAUUCGAGAACAUCGCUUUCCCUUUCUCGUCAAGGUGGAUAACUGGAAUCGUUUCAACCGCAACACUGGUGGGACCCUGGUGGAAAAGGCCUGCCACUUCUUCGACCUCAUGCGGCGCAUUCUUCAAAGUGAACCUGUCUCAGUGUAUGCCUCCGGUGACCAAGCCAUGAACCACAAGGACGAGGCACAGAAGCUCGUGCAGCUGCUGCAGACGGCGCAUGACGGAUGCCAACUUUUCGACGCCGACGAAGCGGUGCAACUGCUUCAAAUCCAUGGCAACCACACGUCGAGGUGCAGCCGAUACCCGCAUGGCCGGAACAUGGACUGUGGCGAUGGAGUAGCACUUUGCGGCGUCCUGGCACUGGAAAUGGGGACUGGAGACGGAUACUACAAACACCCGAGGGCUGCCGUGCAUGGACUCUGGCCACAAGUGCCUCCGUACGGGACCUCGAAGUGCAUGCGGCCCACGGUGAGUUCUGCGGACCCGAAUGGCCUCGUGUCCUGCUACAAGCCACAGAGUGCAUCUGAAAGUGCCCGAAAUCAGGUGCAGUUUGAGACGCACGAGUGGGAGAAGCAUGGGACCUGCGCUGGUGCCCAGGAUGCAUCCCACUACUUCACGCAGAUUUGCAAGCUCUCUGCCAGGCCACUGGAGAUCAUGGACGGUAUCAGAGCAACUGGAGGCACAGCUGUGGAUGCAGCUGACCAGCUGCAGCGCCUUGGAGUUUGCGUCUGGUCAGUCGCCUCACAUGACCAAGUCUACUUGUCAGCCUGUGCCGGCAGCGAUGGUGUCUGGAAGCUCGCGGACGUGGACUCGUUUGAGAAAGUCUGCGGCGCUGGCAGCGGAAGCAGCGGAAGUUCCAGCCCCUCAGGUUGGAGCCAUGUCGCACCAAGCCACAAUGCCUGGGGUCACGGUCAGUCACACUCAGACCACAGCGCGUGGGGGCACGGGCCUCCAAGCAGCCCAUCCACGAGUGCAGACUGCAGUGCCAACAAGCGUGGCCCAGCUUGCAAGGGUGACAUUGAUUGCUGGAGUUACUCUGGAUGCAUGAAGUGCGCCCGCUCCGGUUUCUGUACCCAUGAGAAGACGGACAACACUCCCACACCGACACAGCAGAAGUCAGGAAUGUGCGUUCCGGGCAAGCAUGGGCCAAAGUGCAAGCACAAUUCAGAUUGCGACGGUGACGCUGCAGGUGAGAUCAUCUUUCAUACCAGGUCACAAAAGGUUGUGGAGUUUGCUAACGGUGCGCGGGCUUCGCUGGACCUCUGCAUGUUUGCCGAAGAUGAGCAGACAGAGCAGGUGCGAGUGGUUUGCCAACAAGGCAGCGUAGAAGCGAAAUGUCCGGAGUCCACAGUUCGCAUCGUUCAGCGACGAAAGGUCCGUGGGUUGGGACGCACGCCACCCGGAAAGGAGGAAAGGGCCGUGCCCGAAGUCAUCCGACUUCCGAUCUCGCGCGAGCUGGCAGCCGCUGGUUACCACGAAGGGGCCACGUUUUUCGAGCUGGAGGCAUUUGCAGAAGCAGUUCGAGGGAAGCGGGCAGUGCCAGUGACUGCGCGAGACGGCAAGAUGGCUGUGCUCAUGGGCGUCGCUGCUCAUCGUUCAAUCGCCUCGGGCCGUCCCGUGCGCCUGUCUCCAGCAGGACAGAUCGUCGAGGAACCCUCUGCUGAUCCUCCGCCGCCGUUGAUAAAACAGCAGGUAUGGUCUCGUCUAUGA